AUGGUAUCAAUCCAAACUGCUCUCGAAACAAUCAACCUUGAAAAGUAUGCUGAAUCAUUCAAUAAUUCAGGAAUUACAAGUCUAGAUGAACUUCUUGCACUUUCUGUUGAUCAGCUUACCACACUUAUGAACGGAAUCGGCAUGCUGAAAGGACACACUUUUAAGCUCAAAAAGUUCGUUGACGAUACCAGACAAAGAGGCUUCAAUCCAAACCCUCCAGCACCUACCACUAUCAUUCCGCCUCAGCCUGCACAAGUAGCAGCUAAAGAUCCUCCAGUUUUUAAUGGGAAUGGACAAGCCCAAGCUAAUCCAUCUCCUUCUAAGUCAGCCCCCAAAAAUGAGACUCCUGAAGCUAUUAAUCCGUCUCUCCUUUCAAACCAAAUGGAUAGCCUAACUAAACAGCUUAAUGGGAUUGUAACACUGCAAGAUCAAGUCUCAAACACUCUUAAAGCUAUUAUGGAGGUUGACUUAAGCAAGUAUAAACAAGCCAUUGAAGAGAUGGAGCAAAUUCAAGCUUCAAUUAAAGCUCACCUUGAAAAGCCGGAAGUCGAAAAAGAUGUUGAAAUGCAAGCUUAA